UGGGAUGAGGGUACAGGAAAUAGCACCAACUAUAUAUGGCAUGAUCCCUCGGCGCGUCAGAUCUAUGAAGCAUGUGGCAUCGGCCAUUGAGGAUGGUUCUUGGGCUAUGGAUGUUGGCCCGGACCUUGGAGAGCAAGCCUUGAGGGAAUUCUUAUCCCUAUGGCUGUGUGUGCACACGUGGGAGCCGGAGGCGGAUGUGCCUGAUAUGAUAGCAUGGUCCUGGGAGACGAACGGACGCUACUCGGUGAGGUCGGCAUAUGCGGCAGGGUUUUGGGGCCGAGAGGUGGCACCUAUGGCGGAGCUGACCUGGACGUCCCGAGCCCCCUCCAACUGCAAGUUCUUCACUUGGCUAGCACUACGAGAUCGGUGCUGGACCUCGGAUAGACUUGCACGAAGAGGGUUACCGCAUCAGGACCCUUGCCCUCUUUGUGACCAGGAGGACGAAAUGAUCAACCAUGUGCUGCUAACAUGUGUGUCCGCUAGGUCCAUAUGGGCUGUGGUCUGUGAGGCAUUGGGCAAGCUAGAUUGGACACCGACGGCACAAGACACGCUUGGCGUUUGGCUUCGGGAUAAACAAGGACCGAAUAACUUGCGGCGCAAGGAUCUUCAUACUAUCUUCAUCCUCACUAUUUGGGAGCUGUGGAAGCAUCGCAAUGCUAUUGUGUUCGAGGGAGCAUCUCCUUCGAUGGAUGUGCUUAUUGCUAGGGUCAAGUCUGAAGGGAAGAUAUGGUCGCUAGCCGGCAAGUUCAAGGAGGACAUUGGACCCUUCUUUGGUAGCUUAGAGAGGUGGGCGCGUAGGGAAGGGUAAUUGUAACGGAAGCUUUGUAAAACAUGGUGGAGGCAACCUUUGCCUUUCUUCUUUAAUAUAUAAUAUGCACGCUCGUGCAUAUUCGAGAAAAAAAAAUGGAGAUCUCUGGAGGUUUUUAGUACAUGCCUAGUCUGCGGAGAAGAGGAUUCUUUUCGAGUGCGUCGAUUUGGUGCUCGAGCUCAGCUGCACCCAUAAUCUGGGUCGUUCGCUGCAGCCUGGGGAUCUGGAGAAAGCCAGCUGGCUUGUCCUGUGCGAAAGUUUGUAAAUGUAGAUAACCUGGCAAUACGGUAGCAAACAGUGCACGACGAGUGGGGCUGGCCCAGUGGGGUGGGACGGACGUCGCGGCUCCUCUGAAUGGGCCGUGGGCUAGGAACGUUCGUUCUAUAAUAGUCCGUGGACCAGGACGUUAGUCUUUUUGUCUGAGCCUGGAACAGAUAAGGAGUCCAUGAUAGAGUACGCUGUCUGAGCCGCUUGUCGGCCGGCGGGGCACCCCCGUGCGCGUGUUAUUAAAAAAUUAGAUAUAUGAUUCCCUUCCCGUCGUCCGUUCUAGACAUCCCUCGCCGCCAUGGAAGAAGAACAGAGGACAGAGUUCGCCGUGGCUGCUGUAGCGGGUUUGCGGGGCGGCUGCCCGUCAACGGUGGUUGACCGUACAGUUGGAUGCAGGGGGAGAGCGAGGGAAUGGAAUUCCUACUAGAUGCGGUCGACAGGUUCCCGGUGCGGGAGGAGUUUGCCGACAAUCUUGAACACCCAGAUCCAGUCCCGCUGAUGUACCUACUGGGUAAGGUUACUGCUAAUCAGGAUGUUGACCACGCGGAUGUUGAUUCUGCGGAAGCUGAGAUGGUGGGAGAUGGUUUGCUCACCGAGGGUCAGCUGAGUGGGCAGCGUAGGCGCGAAGAAUCGCCAACGAGGUCUGCCCAAUCGACUGGCAGAGUAAAUCCACAGGCCCCCGGCUGGACUAAAAGGCUUCGUCUGGGGAGUGCGCCACUAGACCGUGUGCCUUGUCCAUCAAGGAUGAGCGCCCUGGAGCUAUCAAUGCGUAAAUACGCAGAGGAACCAGACAAGAGUGUGGUGCGACCUGAGCUAGGUCUUAGUUUUGAUUCACUAGGCGAGGCGUAUGAUUUCUACAACUUGUACUCCUGGGAAUUUGGUUUCGGAAUAAGAUAUGGAAAAAGCAGGCUAAAUGCCGAGAGGACGAAAACAAUGCAGGAGAUAGUAUGUGGAUGUUCGGGAAAAGCAGACGCCGAAAACAGCAGGUCCUGCAGGUGCGAGUGCCCGGCUCUAAUCAGACUGCUUCGUUCAUCAGACAACAGUUGGUACAUAACGGAGCACCGAGCAAGCCACAAUCAUUCUAUGUCGCUUACAAUGGGAGAGAAAGUGCACUGGCCAUCUCAUAAACACAUAGACGUCUACACCAAAGACUUGAUAAGGCAGUUGAGGCAGAACAACGUGAACCUAGGCAAGGUUUACAGCAUAAUUGGGAGCUUCUUUGGAUCGGUUGAGAAUGUUCCUUUCACUAAAAGAACACUAAGGAACAUAUGUGGGAAGAUAAGUCGCGAGCAGGCCGAAGAUGAUGUACGGAAAACACUCCAGGUGUUCACCGACAUCCGGUCGAAUGACCCCGACUUCUCGUAUGUGGUUCUGGCUGAGAAGGACAGCAAGGUGAAGAAUCUCAUGUGGGCAAAUGGGAGCAGCAGGAUGCAGUACAGGUUCUUUGGUGAUGUGGUGACAUUCGACACCACGUACAGGACAAAUCUGUAUGAUAUGCCAUUCGGUCUUUUCGUCGGAGUUAACAAUCACUAUCAGAGUAUCAUCCUGGCAGGAGUUUUGAUGCGUGACGAGCAAGAAGAAAGCUUCGAAUGGGUGUUUACAGAAUUCAUUCGCAUGAUGGGCGGACCUGCUCCAAAAACAAUACUCACAGACCAAUGUAGGGCUAUGGAGGUUGCAAUCAAGAAAGUUUUUCCAAACACUGUCCACCGUUGGUGUAAGUGGCAUGUUCUGAAGAAGGCGAAGGAAACACUUGGGCCGCUUUACACGAAGAAAAGUGAUUUCCAGGCUGAAUUUCACAAAGUUGUUAAUCACAUGUUAACUGAGGAAGAAUUUGAAACAGCCUGGGCGGGGCUGCUUGAUAAGUACAACUUGAGGGCGCAUAACUAUAUGACCCAAAUAUAUGAGACAAGACAUAAAUGGGCAAAACCAUACUUCAGAGGAGUGUUUUGUGCAAAGAUGACAAGUACACAGAGGAGUGAGAGCGCAAACCACAUGCUGAAGUCUUACAUGCCCCCUGCAAGCCCGAUGCAUGUUUUCGUCCGUCAAUACAUGAGGCUACAAUUCGACCGUGAGCGUGAUGAAAGCUACGAGGAGAAGAGAACAAUGAUUGGCGGGGCUGUGCGGCGGACUAACCUUGCAAUAGAGCGGCAUGCAAGCAAAAUAUAUACUAGGAAUAUGUUUGAGGAAUUUGGCCGCCUACUAAUAGAAGGAACUGCAUACAAUGUUUCUGAAAAAGAAAAUAUGAAAAAAUAUAUAACAACUCACAAUAAUGCAGCCAAACGAGAGAAGUGGUGCAGGGUGGAGUACGAGGUGACAGUUAACGAAGACAAAUCAAUAUUCACGUGCGAGUGUGGACAGUUUGAGCAUACAGGCAUGCUUUGCUGCCAUGCUUUGAGGGUGAUGGAGAUUUUGCAUCUGGAUGAAGUCCCUAAGUACCAUAUCCUGAAAAGGUGGACAAGAGAUGCUAGGGAUGUACUCCCGGAGCACCUGGCUCAGUACCAGAACAACAAAUUGCAUAAUUUGUCAUUCACUUACAGGCAUUCAACAUUAUAUUUUAAAGCCAUGGAAGCUGUUCGGAUGGGGGACGCAAGUGCUGCAUGCUAUGAGUAUAUGAAUUCUGGACUGGACUCCCUGCUGCGGGGUGGAGCGCUUCUGGCGGUCGUGCGGGAUGGAUUGGCAUUCGAGGAUAAUCUCCUUGACAGUGGGAAUGGUGGUGCAGCGUGCAAGGACCAGAUUGCUAUUGCAGAUCAGGAGGAUGAGCAAUGCAAUAGUGCUGUGAAUUCUGUGGGCAUGAAUGAACUUCGCUGCCUCGCAGCACCAGAAAAGCGUAGAGCUGCUGGCAGGCCGACGAGCAGCAGGGAGAAGGCACCAUACGAAGGGCUGAGUAAGAGAACCAGGUUCUGCAGCAUUUGCCGCCGCGAGGGGCACAAGAGGACAACAUGUCCAGACCGAGGGGAUGCUCCGAAGAAGCCACGGAAACCAGGCAAAUGCAAGAACUGCGGAAUAGAGGGACACCGGCGGAACACAUGCAAGAGGCCUCUUGGGUUUGCCGAGAGCUGAGCGGUGCAAUUUUCGUUCGAUGAGUAUGUAUUCUAGUUUUUCAUGAGUUGUAUGUCUUAUUUUCCUGAUCUUGCUUUCAUGUUGCAAGCAGAAAAAAGAAGACAUGUUGUGCGGAGAAAAUGUUAUUUAGUGUGAGAUGUACUUUCUAUGUUUGUAGAGAUGGAUAUUUGUGUCCUUGAGCAUAGAUAAGAAUUUAUCGGUUUUUGAAUAAUUUGGUAGCUAAUA